UUUGAUAAAUAUAUACUGUAUGUACUACUUUUGUUGUGAUGCUGGUAAAAGGGUGUCAAAUUUCAAAGAUCACUUCAGAUUCCUUGAAACAGUAACAAAACUGUAAGGAAGGUGAGAAGGGUAUCAAGUGUACGGAACUGAUUUAGACACAUGGCAAAAGGUUUGCACUUAAUAGUCAUGUUCAAGAUUACAAAGUCCACAUCUAUCACACAUACUUUAACUCCCCUGCAGCUUCCUCUACCUAGAAGUACAUGGACGUUAAUGUUCAAACCGAGAGCAAACAGUCGCACACGUCAAACAAACCAAUAGAAUUAAAUAUAAAUCACCUUGUUUUAUUUUACCAAUAAUGUUCUGUAAACUAGCUGCAUGUACAUGUUCGACGAGUACUGUGAAGAAGCAUAUUAGGACGUGUAGAGGUGCAUUUGUGACUCAUUACUGUUUAACAUUUCUCAUUGUUUAACUAUAGCCUUACCCUUAUAGGCUGAUAGUUCUGUGACUAAAUGUUGUCAAAUUUAAUUGUUAGGCGAUUAAAUCAACAAACUGUUCCAAGCUAUUUUUGUAAAGCUAAUUUAUAUUGUAAAACUUAAUAAUUUUAUUAUAAUGCAAUAUGAAAAUUACAUGCUUUUACUCAAGGAGGAAUUGUUACAUUGGUUUUCAACUUGUACCCCUAAGCUACUGCAUCAGGAGUAUUUCUGCAUACAUAAUUAACACUGUAGCCAGAGUAUAAUUAUAGUUGGUCAAAACCCUAGACUGUUAACUUUUCAACAAAUUGAGGAAUUCAUUAAAAGCAUGGUAUAACAGCUGCUGUUGUUAUAGUUGGGUAGGCAAGUAUUUCUGGGAAGCAACCUUAGGCCUCCAACAUUUAACACCUGAUGCUGUUUCCUGGGAUUCCAGUGUAAUUGUAUAGGGACAUGGUGCAGGCAAACAAAACCAGUCACAGGGUGUGGUUUCAACUAACAAGUUGUUAGUAGAAACUGCGUUUCCACGUGGAUUGCCUGUUGUAGGACAUGCAAAUCGACGUAACAAGAGGCAGUCACAUCUAGGGCAGGUCCCAUCAGUUGUUCACAUUCACAUUAGGAAAGUGGAGACAUAAAGACCUGCCUAAAAGGGAACUACUCCACCUGACAACAGUCACCGCCGAGUCUUGAUGAAAGCAUGCUGGGUCAGCAAUUUACAUUGCUGCAAGAGUAAAGCAUCUGGAUCUCUACUGAAACUCACUGGACUAGGACAACCUUGGGCAGAGAGCAUUUCCUGGAGGACCUUGGUACGGAAGUGAGCACUGUUGCAGUAAGAUAAAUGCUUUAGUCGCCAGCAUCUCCGGAAACUAGCCAUACCGUCAAAAUGCUGGCCAUUAUAGAACAAUGGGGGGUCUGGCUGUCAUACAGACAACACUGAGAAGUAUCUGUUCCUUAUACUUUCCAAGUUGGGACUGGACGCAAUGGUCUUGUACUUAUGCUGCCGGAAGCUGUGUACCUCCUUUUUAAGCAUGUGCAGCCUGUCCAUCAUCCUGGCUGACUUGGUGAUGACAUUGUUAAUUACAAUGGUGUGGUUUCUUGGGGCUGAAAGGUCUGUUGUGUCACCCUGCUUCCUCUUAGCUCAUGCCUCAGCGACAUAUGGAGCACUGCCGCUGCCUAUGAUGUGCCUGGGUUUAAUGGACUACUGUUUAGAAGAUGCCUACCUCUGCAACCAGAGCACCUUCUGCAAAUUCCUAAGGAACGCAUUCUUGACAUUGCUGGUGUGGAUGCUAGCUGUUAUUUACUCCUUUGGUGAUGUCAAAGCUGAGCUGAUGGAACUGGACUAUAUGUCAGGGAUAAGGGUUCUUGUGUGUGAAGUAGAGGAGUCUACACUGAUUACCUACUUCAUUUUGGGGCUUUUCACAGCAGUAAUUUGUACAAUGCUGCCCUUUUGGUCAAGGAUUCCCCAGUUGGUGAAAGAGGCUGACAGGUUAUCUGAAAUGAGGGAAGAACAAGAGAACCAGAGGAGCGACUUGUUGUUCAUCUCAACCAACUAUGGGGAUACAAAAAACAGUGAGGAGAAUUAUCUGGAGGAGACCAUCUCGCCACGACCACCUCUUUGGUUCAGCCUAACACUAGGCUUUGGUAUGGUUUGGAUGCCUUAUCUCACUCUGUCUGUGGCCUGUCUGGUCUUUGGCUUUGGAGUACCUGCCUACAUCACUGUUAACCUCCUGUGGUUGGAGUGCACCAACAGUUUACUGGUGGGUGUGGUGUUCUGGGUAAAGAGCAAGACGCUAGGGCCAUACAGCCAUCUACCAGAAAACGUGUGCUUAUGGCACAUUUACUGGCAUUUGAGCAAAGGAACACAACAGCAGCAACUCCCUAUAGCUGUGUUUAACCCAUCAAAAGGGAAGAAAAACACUCACCUCUAUGUGUAAUACAAAAAAUGGUGAACAAUAAACCUGUUACAUCACAGACCCGACAGCAAGUGAAAACCAUGAUGUGGGAAAGCUUGUAAAUACUUUAUGAAAAUGAGCAAGCAUCUAUGAAUGGUUCACCUGUGUGAAUGCUGACAGUUAAAAAGCCUGGACACAGAAAGGCAUCUCUCACCUCUCCAUCAGCACAUGCAGAAGUGCUUUUGAGCAAAGAAAUGACAUGAGACUGUCACUGGAUGUCCAAAUGUAAUUGUGGAACAAAGUGUUGCUAAAACCAGUACCCAUUAAGCUAAACUUUUGUAAAUAUUUACAUAGAUCACCAUAAAUGUUCUUUUAUCUACAUUCAUUUGUAUAUGUUUUUCAUACAGCCCAUAUCAAUCUUAGAUUUUAGGGAAAUGCUAUGAUGACUCAUUAUUUAUAUGUAUUCCUUUUUUACUUUCUGUCCCAAAACAGGUAUGGCUUUCAAAGUGCUUUUCAAUAAAUAUCCCGAAACAAAGUCCUUCAUUUUUCUUUCACUAAACCAUGUAUUUUUCUUUAAAAAGAACCAAUCUGUAAUUAUUCGGCAACGUACAUUUAAUUUGUCUCAAUUUAUUUGAAGGGGUUCAAAGUUUAUUCUUGGCCUUAAUGAUGAUCAUGCGAUAUGUUUGAAAGCUCCAGAACUGCUACUUAAUGGACCUUGUGAUCUAUGGGAGGAAGCGCGCAUCUACUCAGGGAUGAGAGGCUCGUGCUUGUAACAGUGCAGGAUGUAAACAUUAAUGGCAUCCUCCUCGGCUGAGCUCUAACGUUAGCUAGCUCAGCCAACAAUAAUAUUCUAACUAAUAGUUCAAUGCUGCUAGCUUCCUUCUGAGCAGUGAUACUGAUGAUGGGUGUAGUUCGUUAGAAAGAAAAUAGUUCCUACAUGAACUGCUCACAACAAGGUCUGUGGAUUAUCUUGAGUAACCCGAUCAUGAUUUCUGGAAAGAGAAACUGCCAUCUAGUUUCACAUUAUAUUCCAGAGAAGGCAGACAUCUGUACAGCCAAAAUCUUCAAAACUCUGCAACUCACACUAAAACAACCUAGAUGGAUAAAUAGCACUACAGGUAAGAGGAAAAAUAUGUGAUUUAGAUUUAGGGGUGAACUGUCCCUUUAAUGUAGAUAGCCAGUGGAGGAAGUGAAUCUGAAAAAUACCAUGUCAGUAAAAUUCUACAUUUCUGUUAAGAAAUAAACUUUGUAUUUAUUCUAA